GUUGUUAGCUUGAAAGUUCCACAUAAUCAUGCUAUUCAGAUUUAUGAUUAUAAAGAAAAGAAGGCUCGUGUGUUGUUGGGCCCAACUCGUGCAAUGCUAGGGCCAGAUGAACAAUUCACUGUUCUUUCACUCAGUGGAGGACGACCGAAAACACCAAACAAGAUUAAAACAUUAUGCCUUCUUCUUGGACCAGAUUUCACCACCGACAUAAUUACAGUCGAAACAUCGGAUCAUGCUAGAUUAAGUCUUCAAUUGUCCUACAAUUGGAAUUUUGAUUUGUCUUCUGGUAUAGAUCCAGCAUUGAAUUCGAUUUCUCCAGAAUAUGCGGCCAAAUUAUUCAGUGUCCCUGAUUUCAUUGGAGACAUGUGCAAGGCCAUUGCUUCGCGUAUUCGAGGGACGGUGGCCUCGAUUAAAUUCGAUGAUUUUCACAAGGUAGGACAUUCUUAG